ACACCUGUGGGGCAGGGGCCGAGGAGCGGCCUCUCCUGCCCGUUCCCCGCUCCGUCCUGCCCUCCGUCCCCUGAUCCCAUCCUGGCUGUGCGGCCAGCCUCCCCCGCUGUGCCCGCCCCUGACCCCGGGCCUAGUGUCACAGCAACGCUCAUCAGCGGAGGCGUGCCCGGGCUCCUGGGGGUGACCCGUGUGUUCCCCAUCGACUUGGCCGAGGCUCGGCUACAGAACCAGCGUGGACAGGAAAGCUACAAAGGAACGGGGUCCCUAUGGCUGCAGACGCCCCACCCUCGCGGUUUCCUUCCAGGAGCUGUGGUGAACCUGACCGCAGUCACCCCAGAGAAGGCCGUCAAGCUGGCGGCCAGUGACGUCUGGCAGCAGCUCCUGGAGGAGGACGGGGCGCAGUGGAAUCUGAAGCUGGAGAUGCUCGCCGGGUGUGGAGCUGGGCUGUGCCAGGCGGCGGUCACCUGUCCCCUGGAAAUGCUCAAGAUUCCGCUGCAGCGUGCUGGGCGCCUGGGUGAGGCCUCUCCCACCUUCGAGGGUAAGGAAUUGGCGGAGGAGGGGGUCCUACCACAGUUUCCUAUAAAGGAAGCUGGGCAGGCAGUGGCCGUGCCCUUGGGAAGCAGCCUCAGCAGCAGGGACAUCCUAUUAGAUAACAUAGACCCGAGAGAGAGCUCCCUGGAGCCAAGAACUGAUGUCCUCAAGUUAGGACAACCCUCAGCUCUAGGAAGGGCGGGGCCCGAGGGGCUGCCUUCCCUCCCCGCAGCCCGCCGCCAGGGUUCCACCGCCAGCCCUGCCCCGCGGGGCCCCCUUUACCCCGGCAGGCGCCCGGCCGCGGCCCUCAUCGCCAGGGAGCUGCUCCGCACCCAGGGCCUGGUGGGGCUCUACCGGGGGCUGGGAGCCGCCCUUCUCAGGGACAUCCCCUUCUCCGUCAUCUACUUCCCCCUGUUCGCCAAACUGAACCUCCUGGGGGUCAGGGAACCCACGGGGAAGGCCUCCUUCGCUCACUCCUUCACGUCCGGCUGUGUCGCAGGCCCGGUGACGCCUCUGGACGUUUUGAAAACUUGAAUCCAAACCCUCAAGAAAGGCCGGGGUGAGGACAGCUACAGCGGCCUCACCGACUGUGCCAGGAGACUGUGGAGCCAGGAGGGCCCUGGCCAUAGCCCUGUUGUUCGGGGUCACCCAGUAGAUGCUCUUCGGCGCCUACUUCUCAGCGUCGGCAAGCACCUCAAGGGUUUCGAGUAGGCGUGGCGGCAGCCCUGGCCCUCCUCGCCGCCUGCCCUCUACCUCACGGGCCCCUCCACCUCCCUUGGUGACCGAAGCCCUCACUGCUCUGGGAGUCCAGCCCGGGGACCCUCAGGAGCCCCGACCCCCUGAACAGACAGCACAGGUGGGAUCAUCUCUGCAUUUCACGUCUAUCUAUCUAUCUAUCUAUCUCACACGCAGCACCUUGAAUCAGUUUUGAGGCUUUAGUCUCGUUAACUCUGAGUUAAAUAACUUAAUUUGUCCCAGCACUGAUACGGGGAAUGGCAGGAUUUUAUUUUAGCUCAAGGGGACCACGACAGCCCUCCAAGGCGGCACCCGCCUGCCCAUGUUCGGCCAGGAGGAGACGGGUGGCGCGGACAGUGCGUCCUCCCAGCUACGUCCCCUCAGGACCGAGCUACACUCGUGACGACCCGUGUUACUCAUGAGGGUGGAGAACAGACGCUUUAUCUUCAGGUCACGCUGCCAGGCCCUCCAGGGACAGGUGACCCUGAACACCUGUGUGCGGACAGUCUUAAGGGGCUGGGAGUGCGCCUCUAGGUGAGGCUUUGGUAGAAAGGAGCAGAUGCGCCUGAAGGACACAGAGAGGGUUCGUGGUUUCAACUGCUGAUGGCUGUCAACCCACAAAUGCUCCAGGGGUUUGGAAAAUGCUUCCUCUUUCCAGAUCCCUCAGUGAGAACUUCACCCUCUCAAACCACAACCUGCAGCGAGCGCCUUGUGUAAUAAAUCAGUGACAUCCA